AUGCUUAAUCGUCGUUUGUUAAUUGAAUGGCGUCGUGCUUUGCGAAAUUCACGAUGGAAUGCAGACGCUCAUUUAAGGGCACAUGAACGUUCUUUCACUGUUGAUCAAGAGGCUGCUAAUAGUCAACUUGCCUGUCAACUUGCUGCUAAUAGUCCAAUAGAAGAUUUCUACUCGGCUGCUAAAUGCCUUUCAUCUAAUGCAUUUCUUUUUGGAGUUCUUGAUGGACACGGUGGCCAUUCGUGUAGUAGGCAUGUUUCCGUGACUUUA